AUGGAAAAUAUCACACCCAUUGCAGUACCCCCUGUUGCUAUGGUUGUUCCAUCCAUGGCAUCGACUGGUGAUCCUACAGUGCCUCCUACAGUCGAGUCUGCACUGCCUAAUCCCUGUCGUAACAUUGUCCUCUACCAGUUGGAGGUUGGUGGUUCUGCACAUUCCCCAAGUCCUGAGUCGACUCCGUCUCCACCCUCACCUCCGGUCAGUCAGAAACCUUGUACGUUUCUAGGUAAGGCUCCUCCUAUAUCUAAAAAGGUUCGACCUUCCCUGUCAUCUCCUUCCCCACCUGUGUCGAAACGAGUCACUCAUUCUUCGUCGAGUCACCAGUCUCCCUCGAAACCUGUAGGCCCUCCUCGUCCUCCACCUAAAGUCUCUAUUCCUACCCCAACUAGUGAACGUGUUCAAACCAAACAAAAAUCCUCAACUGACACCAUGUAUCAACCACCUGAAAAGAAAUCCAAGAAAAAACCCACUCCAGUUGCCUCUACAGAGUCAUCUCCCAAACGGUCGUCUAAAGGUUCUAAAAAGUCCAAACUUCCCAAAGCACCUAUAUCAACUGUUGACCCAGCAACAGUACAAUGUCUAGUUGUAUCUGGGUUUGUAGUCUGUUAUAUCUGCACUAGCGUUCUGUUACGUGAGUUUCAGUUAAGUAUUAGUUAG